AUGGGAGAUCAGGAUGCAGGUGAACCCUUUCUGGGGAUAGUGACUGGUGGUGCCCCAGACUACGAAGGAGCUCUGCCCUCAGACACAGUGUCGCUCAGUGAUUCUGAUUCCGAUGAUUUGGGGUUAGCGGAUGAAGCGGAAGUUGAUACAAUAUCUCCUGAGGAGCCAUCUGUAGACGAUGGGGAUUACAGAUCAGGGGAGACCCCCGACUCUUCAACCAGCAGUCACAGAUCUCCUGUCCAGCCAUUCCAUCUGAGGGGCAUGAGUUCUACCUUCUCUCUCCGUAGCCAGAGCAUUUUUGAUUGCCUGGAAGAGGCGGCCAAGUUGUCUGUGCCCUCGAUGCCUGAAGAUAAUGUUGUUGAUGGGCGAUUUAAGCGUCCAUUGCCACCAACCGCAGUUUCAGGUAACAGGGUUCCAGAAGGCCUGGGAAAGCAAGCCAAACCAGCGCAGGCUCCUAAAACCUCUCCUGCAGUGCCUGACUAUGUGGCACACCCAGAGCGCUGGACCAAAUACAGCCUAGAUGGAGUUUCAGAGUCUAGUGACAAGACUAACAGGGCAGUGGCCAUGGAAUUUCUAGAGGGUUUGAAGAAAAGAGGGGAGGAGCAAAGCUCAGCUGCCCAAGAUAGCUACACCCCGUGCUUCAACCAGGACCCUUCCAGCUGUGGAGCUGGGAGGAUUGUCUUCACCAAACCAGCAAAAAGGGGUGUUGAUGGACUGGAAAAGAAAACAUCAGCAGGGGAGGAUGAUAAGAAACACAUGAAAACAGAUCUGAAAGGAAAAUCUCUUAAGAAGACUGAUGACUUGAGGGAGGAAGAUAAGGUAGAGCUGGGGCACUUAGCUAGUGGAAGUGGAAAGGCAACGGAGGAGGAGUGCGUGAUGGUGGGGGACCUGAAUACAGAAGGUAAGCUUAGUGCAAGGUUUAGUGGCGCAGGUGAAGAGCCAUCCAUGGAAACAGUUGGAUUCCAUUGUAGUAAGAAGAAGAAUAGGAAAAAUUUCCGACCUAAAGUAGAUGAUGAAGGGGAGGAAGAAGAGUCCUGA